GACCAGGCCGGAAAAGAGGGAAUUGUGCUCAAAGUGAGCAGGAAGACGCUUGGACUUCGGAGCCAGAUCUUCCAGACUGCGGCCGUGGGCAACACUGACUUAGUGACCGACGUGAAGGGCUUCAAGCAGAUCAAAGGCCGCCGGGCUGCAGCAUCAGAAGAUCAGACUGGCACCACUGUGGUGCCAGUCUACAUCCUCCUUAAAGGUGAAGCCGCUGCUCGCAACAUGGGCUGUCGGGGAACGGAUUGGCACAACCUCUUCAACUGCGAGCACAACAGCGAGUUCCUAGAGAACCAGUUUCAGGCUCUGAGGAAGAACGCCCCUGAGCCUUACCCCGAGCACUUCUUGCCGCUGUUCUGGUCCCCAGACAUUCCAGCCCAGCUUCGUUUCUUUCAACGCGACCUGCCCGCGGAUGGGAACUGUUGGCUCCUCAUGAUAAAGUGUGAGGUGUCAGCUUUCAUGAAAGAUGGCAUCAACAUGAUUGCCGUCCAGCAACUCUAUCCGCACAGUCAGCUGCACGGCACAGAGGCCGUCAUUGCAAAGCAGCUGGCAUGUUUGGCAAAUCGUGCUGCAGAAGUCUCGGUGGUUACUGCCAAGAUUGAGCUUGCAGAGAUUUCCUACGAGGGGGUCGAUGUGUGCUUGAGGAAGAGGAAGCUGGCCGAGGACAUGGAGUACCACAAACGCAUGGCUGAAGAGCAUGCUGAAAAAUUCAAGAGGUGCAAGCGUCAAUGGGACGCCAUCUUCGAGGAGGCUGGACAGUAA